AUGCCGGACCCCGCUGCGCACCUGCCCUUCUUCUAUGGCAGCAUCUCGCGCGCUGAGGCCGAGGAGCACCUGAAGCUGGCGGGCAUGGCAGACGGGCUCUUCCUGCUGCGCCAGUGCCUGCGCUCGCUGGGCGGCUACGUGCUGUCGCUGGUACACGACGUGCGCUUCCACCACUUCUCCAUCGAGCGCCAGCUCAACGGCACCUAUGCCAUCGCGGGCGGGAAGGCUCACUGCGGCCCAGCCGAGCUCUGCGAGUUCUACUCGCGAGACCCCGACGGGCUGCCCUGCAACCUGCGCAAACCCUGCAACCGGCCGUCGGGGAUGGAGCCGCAGGCUGGCGUCUUUGACAACCUCCGCGACGCCAUGGUUCGCGACUACGUGCGCCAGACCUGGAAGCUGGAGGGUGAGGCCCUGGAACAGGCCAUCAUCAGUCAGGCCCCCCAGGUGGAGAAGCUCAUUGCCACAACCGCCCAUGAGCGGAUGCCCUGGUACCAUAACAGCCUUUCAAGGGAGGAGGCUGAGCGCAAACUUUACUCGGGUUCCCAGACCGACGGCAAGUUCCUGCUGAGGCCCCGAAAGGAACAGGGCACGUAUGCACUGUCCCUGAUCUAUGGGAAAACUGUGUAUCACUACCUGAUCAGCCAGGACAAGGCGGGCAAGUACUGCAUCCCCGAGGGGACUAAAUUUGACACACUCUGGCAGCUGGUAGAGUACCUGAAGCUGAAGGCUGAUGGGCUCGUCUACUGCCUCAGAGAGCCCUGCCCCAAUGCCACUGCCAGCGCCAGCACAGAGGCCGCUGCUCCCACACUCCCAGCCCACCCAUCCACAUUCUCCCACAUUCAGAGACGGAUCGACACCCUCAACUCAGAUGGAUACACGCCUGAGCCAGCACGCCUAGCAUCUGGGAAAGCUCGGCCGAUGCCCAUGGACACCAGCGUGUAUGAGAGCCCCUACAGUGACCCUGAGGAACUCAAGGACAAGAAGCUCUUCCUGAAGCGUGAGAAUCUCCUGAUGGCUGACAUUGAACUUGGCUCCGGCAACUUUGGUUCAGUGCGCCAAGGCGUCUACCGCAUGCGCAAGAAGCAGAUCGACGUGGCUAUCAAGGUAUUGAAACAAAGCACGGAGAAGGCAGACAAGGAUGAGAUGAUGCGUGAGGCACAGAUCAUGCACCAGCUGGACAACCCCUACAUUGUGCGACUUAUCGGCGUCUGCCAGGCCGAGGCUCUCAUGCUGGUCAUGGAGAUGGCAGGCGGUGGACCCCUGCACAAGUUCCUGCUUGGAAAGAAGGAGGAGAUUCCCUUCAGCAAUGUGGCAGAGUUGAUGCACCAGGUUUCCAUGGGGAUGAAGUACCUGGAGGAAAAGAACUUCGUGCACCGUGACCUGGCUGCCCGCAAUGUCUUGCUGGUCAACCGGCACUACGCCAAGAUUAGUGACUUUGGCCUCUCCAAGGCCCUGGGUGCUGAUGACAGCUACUACACUGCCCGCUCAGCAGGGAAGUGGCCACUCAAGUGGUAUGCCCCCGAGUGCAUCAACUUUCGCAAGUUCUCUAGCCGCAGUGACGUCUGGAGCUAUGGAGUCACCAUGUGGGAGGCCUUCUCCUAUGGCCAGAAACCCUACAAGAAGAUGAAGGGACCUGAGGUCAUGGCCUUCAUUGAGCAGGGCAAGAGGAUGGAGUGCCCACCAGAGUGUCCACCCGAAAUGUACGAGCUCAUGAGCGACUGCUGGACCUACAAGUGGGAGGAUCGCCCAGACUUUGUGACCGUGGAGCAGCGCAUACGGACCUACUACUACAGCUUGGCGAGCAAGGUUGAGGGCCCCCCGGGGUGUGGAAAAGGGACUGAGGCUGCUUGUGCCUGA